CCGCCAAUUAUCAACACCUCACGCACGGGAAGAAGGCAGAGCAACAGCGGCGAUGAUGCAGCGUGUGCAGCGGGUGGUGGGUGCCGUGGUGCCUCGGUCCCAUGCGCUUCACCUCGGUACUGGAGCCAGGGCAGCGGGGUCGUGCGUGGCUCCACCCUCUUACAGGAGAACCCUCACAGCUGCGGCACCAGCAGCACUGGCGCGAGCAUGCAAGUGGCAUGUGCCCUCACGUGUCGCUCGCAUGCACACGUCCAACUCGUGUGCUGUGCCAGGGAAGACGGAUAGCGAGAGCGACCCUGUGCUCGACCGCGUGGUCAACGUGGAUGUGAGCAGUCUCGAUGCAGAAGCAAGUAACACAGACCUUGAUUGGCUGUCUCAUCCGGACUUUGAGGACCCGCAACAAUUUUCUCGCCACUACAAGGACGCGCUGGUGGAGUGCGGCGCAGACGCCAUUGUCGCACAGACAUUCCAUGCCAGCUUUGCAUCGCAAGCAGAGCUGACAAAGUUGCGCAUCCAGCAGGCAAUUAACAAGGUUGAGGGCCGCGAUGGCAACGUCGGCUCGACGGCUGCGCAGGUGGCUGCUCUGACUGCCCGCAUCCAAUCACUCAUCCCCCACUUCCAGAAGCACAGAAAGGACAACCACGGGCGGCGCGGGCUGCUGGCAAUGGUGCAGAAGCGGCGCAAGCUGCUGCAAUACCUCAAGCGCAAGGACUUCCCCCGCUAUCUCGAAGUGCUGCAGACACUCAACAUCCGGCCCGUGGCGGGGCUUAGGUAGACGUGGGGUGGGAGAGAGACAAAGACAGUGUUGGUGGUGGUUGGUGAAGUGGCUGGCGGGUGUUGGGCGCGAAUGGACGUGCAUGUGUGUUGCUGCACGUCAUAUUGUGUGCAUGCUGUGUUUGUAUGUGCUUGUGUCUGUGUGUGCUUGUGUGUGUGUUGGCAAUGUAAGCAUGCCAAAGUGAAUACAUUCAUGCGACAAUGCAA